AUGUCACGGAGGUCUGCGAGAGUCCCCAAGCCACCGACCAGACUCAUCGAGGAGUCUUCAGAGAAUAUUUCUCAUGAGGAGAGACCGCUGGCACGGUUUGCCCCCAAAAGAAGCCCUGGUGUGCAGCCCCCCCUCAAUACUGGAAACCCAUCGCCAGUUGAAAUAUUUUCGCUGUAUUUCGACAGGGAAGUCCUCCAGAUGUUGUGCUCACACACCAAUCUGAAAGCUCAGCUGAACCUGGAGAGGGGAAAAAGGUUUGCCUGGGCUGAAAUAACCCCCCCAGAGAUGAAGCAGUACCUGGGGAUGCUGACGUUUAUGGCGGUGCUGCGAUUACCAAAAGCAAGGGAUUUUUGGAGAAAGGACACAAUUUUUCAUGUGCCGUUUCCUGCAUCUGCCAUGACAAGAGACCGUUUCCUUGCCAUCUCAUACAAUCUCAACAUCAGCAAUCCCCUUGACAGUGAGCAAAAUGACAGGCAAAGGGGCACAGAGCAAUAUGACUGCCUCCACCGGGUCAGACCCCUGUACGAACUCCUGAGAACCCGCUGCAUGGCUGUUUAUCAUCCACGCCAACACAUCUCUGUGGAUGAAAGGAUGGUGGCAACCAAGGCCAGGCUGUCCAUAAAGCAGUACAUGAAGGCCAAGCCGACAAAGUGGGGUCUAAAAUUUUUCGUUCUAGCGGAUGUAAAUGGCUACACUGUUGACUUUCGGCUGUACACAGGCAAGUCUGCAUUUGCAUCUGGGAAGGGGCUGUCCUUUGAUGUUGUCACGUCCCUGGUCAACAAGGACUUCCUGGGCUCGGGCUACACAGUGUAUUGUGACAACUUUUACACAAGCCCUGAGCUCUUCAGCCACCUCAGCCGGCAGGGAUUUGGUGCAUGUGGGACCUACCGUCAGGGAAGAGUUGGUGUCCCAUCCACUCAGGAGAAUGCGGUGAAUAAAAGGUCACCCCGGGGAACAAUUAGGUGGAUCCGGGAUGGUGACCUGCUCUUCGUGAAGUGGAUGGACACGAGAGAGGUCUCCAUGUGCACCAACAUCCACCCAGUCUACACUGGUGAAACAGUGCUGCGCUGGCAAAAGACAGCUGACGGACGACGUGAAAGGGUCGCCAUCCCCAGACCAACUGCUGUGUCUGAGUACAAUAAAUACAUGGGUGGGGUGGAUACAUCUGACCAGAUGCUGGGGACUAACUCAGUUCACCGCAAGACCCGGCGGUGGACAAUGACAGUAUUCCAACACCUGGUUGAUGUUGCACUCACAAACAGUUACAUCAUCCACAAGGAGAUAUGUAACAGCCAGCAGCAGGGAUACAUGACACGCCAGACAUUCCAGGAGCAGCUGUCUGCCCAGCUCCUGGGCGUGGCACUGGACGCCAGGCCGGUGAAGACCCCCAGCCAAGGCCAUUUCCCUGUGCCUGUCUCUCCCAGCCAGGGACAAGAGAAGUCACAGAGAGCAAGCAUGGGGAGACAACGAUGCACUCUGUGUAAACGGAGCACCCCCUGGAGGUGUGCAGAGUGUGGUGUUGGCCUUUGUCUGCAGCUUGAAAGAAACUGUUUCCUCAUGUUCCACCAAAGGCAAUAAAAAACG